GAAGUAGUGCGCGACCGCACGUGGCCCUUUCCGUUGGUUCAGUUAGAGCAUCCAGAGGGAGAGCACGAGAGGAGCAGCACCAGUCUUGCAGCAGCACCAGCACAACGCGUUACAGCAGACACCAUGAGGCCAGGGUUUAGUCCUCGCGGAGGACGAGGUGGGUUCGGUGACCGUGGAGGACGAGGUGGGUUCGGUGAACGUGGAGGACGAGGUGGUUUCGGUGACCGCGGAGGACGAGGGGGGUUUGGUGACCGCGGACGAGGAGGAUUCAGAGGACGAGGUGGAGGAUUCAGGUCUCCCGACGGUGGAGGAUUCCGGGGUCGAGGGGGUGGCAGAGGCGCCCCAAGAGGGAGGGGCGGUGGCAGAGGAGGCUUUGGAGCAGGGAGAAAGGUGGUUGUUGAGCCUCACAGACACGAAGGAGUGUUCAUCUGCAGAGGGAAGGAGGAUGCCUUGGUCACCAAGAACAUGGUGGUGGGAGACUCUGUGUACGGAGAGAAGAGGAUCAAUGUGGAGGAAGGAGAGGUGAAGAUUGAGUACAGAGCCUGGAAUCCGUUCCGCUCCAAGCUGGCAGCAGCCAUCUUGGGGGGAGUAGACCAGAUCCACAUCAAGCCUGGCGCAAAGGUCAUGUACCUGGGAGCAGCCUCGGGCACCACGGUGUCCCACGUCUCUGACAUUGUUGGACCAGAGGGUCUUGUCUAUGCCGUGGAGUUCUCCCAUCGAUCGGGUCGCGACCUUCUCAACGUGGCAAAGAAACGCACAAACAUCAUUCCAAUCAUCGAAGAUGCUCGCCACCCACACAAAUACCGCAUGCUGGUUGGCAUGGUAGAUGUGAUUUUUGCAGAUGUUGCCCAGCCCGACCAGACGAGGAUCGUUGCUUUGAACGCUCACAAUUUCCUAAAAAACGGAGGCCACUUUGUUAUCUCCAUCAAGGCUAACUGCAUAGACUCAACAGCGCCUCCAGAGGCCGUGUUUGCCUCAGAAGUGAAGAAGAUGAGCGCUGAGAACAUGAAGCCACAGGAGCAGCUCACGCUGGAGCCCUACGAGAGAGACCACGCUGUGGUGGUGGGCAUUUACAGACCACCGCCAAAACAGAAGAAGUGAGGUGGCCAAAAAGAAGGCGUGGGGAUUUUUCAACCACCACCUGCUUUUUAUUCUUGUCCAUUGCUCUCUUCCAACCUCCGCCUGCCUCUCCUACCAUGAGAUGAAGCAAGCGGGGUCAAAUAUGUCUGGGUUUCUUCUAACUGACCAAGCGUCCCGGCUGCUGGAGUCUUUCUAUCACCGAGGACGUUGAAACCAUUACAUCACAUUUGGUUUUCAGAUUGAGUGUCAUGUUAGUAGGGCAAGUUUUCAUGUUAUGUAGAGCUUCUCCACCUAUUUUCACACCUGUGAUCCAUUCUGUCUUAACUGCUUAGGAAGGAAGACCAGUAGAAAUGAAUGACUGUAAAAUAUCCAGUUGACUUCUUUUUUAAAAUUCAGCUGCCGCUUCCUGCAGUCUACCCUAAGAAGUACUUUAAAUAACAGGAUAAACUUUCUAAAGCAUUGUUGAAUGACUUGCAGUUAGUUUAACACAUGGUUUUAUUUGGGCUCCAGUAAGGUUUCUUGUUUGGUCAGUGCUUUUAUUUUGAUAUUGUAUCACUUCUCUAUGCUAUUCUUUUCUUGUAAGAUGUCUUUUCUUUCCCGAUUAAACCUUUUUAUCUGGGCACUUCUUAA